GUUAUCCUGUGUGGUGAAGUCACGAGAAUAAACUCAGCAUUUGCUUAACUGCAGAUAUCAUUGGCAUCUGAUAAGGACCUGAGUUGGAUUCUCUUGUGAAAGGGGUGAGUGUGACUUAUGGACACGAUGGACUUCAUCAUCUGGGCCGUCUCCCUCCUCUUAGGAUCCUUACCCUGUUCUCUAAGCUCUGACAUGAGCACCAUCAUUGUAUAUUUGUCCUCAAAUAACCUGUCUUCUGUGCCGGACUGGCUUUCCUCAUCCACAGAGGCCUUGGACCUCUCCCACAACCACAUUCAAGCUCUGGGCAAAGAGGACUUCCAUCAAACAUCCAGCCUAUGGUUCCUCAACGUGUCCUACAAUGUGAUACAGAGUAUUGAUCCGAAGGUUUUUCAUUCAACCCCACACCUGGAAUUUUUGGAUCUGUCCCAUAACAAGCUCCACAGUCUCUUAGGUCAGAGUUACCUAUGGAUGACCCCAAAUCUAACGUAUUUGGAUCUGAGUUUUAAUGAAUUCGUUAAUAUGACUCUUGGAGAUGAAUUUUCAAAUCUUGGAAAGUUGGAAGAUUUGAGGUUGAGUGCAGAAGUGAUCCAGGAUAAAGACUUCAUGAGCAUAUCCAGUCUUCACCUCAACAGUUUCACCCUGUAUGUGUCAGUUCAGACCAGAUACAAGGGUGGGAGCCUCACAAAUGUGGUUUCCAAAAAGAUUAUUAUCUCCACAAAGUCUGAUUGUGACUUCACGAUUUUGGGUGAUGCUCUCACAUUUUUUUCUGAGGUAAAACUUGAUGGUUUUAAAGGGCAAAGACUAGCUGCAGGGGUAAGCCAACGAAGCAUUAUAAAGGUCACCCACCUGGAAUUAGUGAACACAUUAACAGCUUGGAAACAUUUGACAAGCUUUGUUGAUAUUAUCCUCUCCUCUUCGGUGAAACAUCUCAGUUUCGACAUGCUAACAUGUGAUGACAUGAAGCCGGGUAGGACAGUGGGCCGCUCCUCAAAUCUGGAAUCUUUUUAUAUUAGACAAGCGAGUGUUACGGUUUUCCUCUUUUCACAGGAAAUGCUGUAUGAUUUCAUAAUCAACAUGCCUGUCCGAAACCUCACAGUUGUACAGACACCAAUUAUCCAUGUGACCUGUCCACAAUCACCUUCCAGAAUUCACACACUGGAUCUGUCUGAUUGUGCUCUUUCUGAAAGAGUCUUCUCACGGGGUGGUGGGAGCGGGGUUGUGAUCGAGUGCAACACCCUGCAAAGUGUGGAAAUCUUGUCGCUUAAGGGGAAUAACCUACAGGAUUUGAAGCAGCUUAGUAACAGAGUUCAACUCAUGUCCUCAUUGAGGAGCUUGGAUUUGAGCCAGAAUAAACUUUUGUAUCAUGGUGAACCUGGCGAUUGUGUGUGGCCCUCAAAUAUUCUACAUUUGAACUUAUCUUCAAACAGCUUCGACAAUUCAGUAUUCCACUGCUUACCCAAGACCAUUAUCUCUUUGGAGCUCCAAGACAAUGACAUUACAGUUAUGAAAACAGACAUUUUAAAACUUGAGUCACUUCAGAUUUUGGAUUUGACCAACAACAGAUUCCACGAUGUCCCUGACUGCACAGCUUUUCCAAAUCUACAGAGGUUACUGCUCCGAGGAAACUCCCUCCAGUCUCCCUCUUUAGACUUUGUGAGGACUUGCCCUGCACUACAGGAUUUAGAUGCCAGUAAUAACAGCUUCAUCUGCACUUGUUCAUUGCAAGAGUUCACAUCUAUAGCAGGAGAGACUGUGGCAGCACAGAUGAAAUUGCUACACUGGCCUGGAGAUUAUAGUUGCAGCUACCCAGACACUUGGAGAGGAACUCUCCUAAAAAACUUUAGCCUUCCGGCAAUUUCCUGCAGUGCAGGUCUUCUUGCAACCACCAUUAUGGUUCCAGCAGCCGCCUUAGUCAUUGUAGUAGCCGUGCUCUGUCAUCAACUGGACGGUCCAUGGUACAUGGGCAUGAUCUGCCAGUGGGCUCGCGCAAAAAAACGUGGAAUUUUGAAUCGGGACAGGCCUGAGGACCUGCAGGGGAUAGUCUUCCAUGCCUUUGUCUCCUACAGCCAACGCAACGCCGAGUGGGUCAAAGGUCAACUCAUCCCUAAACUGGAGGAGGAGGAUACCGAAGGUAUUCGUCAUGGGCUGCGUGUGUGUCACCACGAGCGGGACUUCAUACCCGGGAAACCCAUCACGGAGAACAUCCUUCUGUGUGUGGAGAAGAGCCGGCGCUGCAUCUUCGUCCUCUCCUCGGACUUUGUGCGGAGCGAGUGGUGCCACUACGAGCUGUGCUUUGCCAACCACCAGCGUGUGACCAGGAGAUUUGACAGUGUGAUCCUAGUUCUACUGGAGCCCCUGCCCUUGUACCUCAUCCCCUCCAAGUACUAUCAGCUCAAGGACAUGAUGUCGAGGCGCACGUACUUGGAGUGGCCGCGGGAGAGGGCCAAGCAGGUGCUGUUCUGGGCCAACCUCCGAGCAGCACUGCAGGCUGACCUGCCCCCUUGGAGACGCAAUUAUGGAAGCUGUGGCCGUUAACAGUGUUAUUUCACGCAAACUUGUUAGUAGCUUUCUUUUUUUUUAACAUGGUUGGAUACUGUUAAAGCUUCAGUGACAAAUUAAAGUGCUUAGGGGGAACCCCCAGAUGUAUUUGGUUUGCCCAGGGGAGUUAUAUGUUUGCCUAACUGUCAUAUUAAAAUGGAGGAUGUGACAAAUAGCCCUGUGGCUCUUUUUGAACUGCACUCAAGUUUGCAAGUAUUAGUCAAGAGACCAUGUCAGUUUGCCUAACAUUUGCUAAAGCAAUGUUUUUCUUAUUUCUUUUUGUAUGCUAGGUGAAACAACAAGUGAUGUAUGAAUCAUAUUUAAG